CCCAGCAUCUGCCUCCGCGAUACGGCCUCUCGCUUGUGCGAUAGUCACAGCACUUGGUACGGCUCUGGCGGACGGCUCACGCGGCAUUGUGCAAGCUCAGAUGGAGACGCAUGAGGGAGCUCGCUGCCCUCGACGUCGCAUCAAGUUUGAAUCAACUCGUCAGAGACCGAACAACAGCCACACGGUGCUGCUGCGCCGGACCACCUGCUGACACCAACUCUUCACCACAGCGUGGAAGCCAGGCCAGCUGCCGCUCUACAGCGUGCCUAUGACCGCACGGAGCGCUCUGGGUGCCAGUGCACGUUCGGUAUAUCGGGAAUGGUUGCGUUCUCACUCAAAUCUAGUCUAGAAAGUAUAUUUUGGUAUUCUUCCACUGCCUUAUACGUAUACAAUCAGAAGGCUCAGGGCUUUUCUCAGCGCAACCUCGCUACCUCAAGCUCACGCUUCAAGGCCUCAAAGUUGGUUUUCAUUAGUAAAUUCAAUGCCAGCAAACAACUCUUGGCAAGCCAUGUUCGGGACCGCGUCCGUCUGUCGUCUGUGAAUGGGCGCGAGCUAAGUGCUUAAUCGUUUCCGCCUCGACGCCGCCGCUUCUACGUUCGAACGAUGUCCCGAUACUUCAAGUGCUUGUGCAGCAAUCGAUGAUCGACGCGUAGUUCGGCAGCGCCGAAUUUUUUGAAGGGGAACAAAAGGGUAAAUAGCUUACACAACAUAGGUCUACUCAAAUUGCUCUUCGGACCUCUGCUUAGCCUUUCAUUCGACGAUGUCAGCAUCUGCAGCCGACGUUGGCUGUCGGCCCUCCAGGGCCCAAUUUCUCGGCUCCUUGAAGGGAAUGACGUACUCUUGUAGUUGACUAUUCGCUCGGAUUCACUCCGUGUCUUUUCGCCACGUCAGUGCUAUAAUGGAAUUAGAAGUGUUGCCAGAACACCAGC